ACAAAUCGCGUUGACAUGCACUGCGACGCGACGUGUCUUUCUCGCGCAUCGUUGGCGCCCGAGCUUGUAAUGACGACAACGCGAAGCUUGCGCCGAGGUUAACCGAUACUCGACGUCGAACUUCUGUGCAACGUGUCGAACACCGAAGUGGAGAGGAUGGUGGGUGUGACGUUUGCAGAGCGCAGGCGGCUGGCUACGUCAUACUGACCUGUAGUGAAAACCAUCCUUAUACAACAUGCUCAGGCAUUCUUAGAUACAUGUACUAAACCAUACCUUUUAAUAUCCAUCAACAUUUCUUUAUUGAAGACACGUUAUACGUUCUCCUAAAUAACAUACAAGUGCGACUCGGCUUUCAUCAUCAUGGCCGCAAACAAGAAAGUUCUCAUCGUCCUUUCCGACGCAUCUUCGUUCCCUCUCUACAACACGGGUAGUGAUGGGAAGACCGUCUCUCAAGACUCGGGCUACUUUCUCAUGGAGUUAGCAAAGCCUCUACAGAAGAUUCUCGACGCCGGCUACGAAGUCACAUUUGCCUCGCCAGAGGGCAAGGAACCCACUCCUGACCCACUCAGCGUAUCUCUGGCUGCCUUUGCUGGAAACUACUACGAGAAGCAAAGAGAGUUGGAUCUAAUCGAACGCAUGAAGAAGGAGAAUGGCUUCUCGCGGCCGAGAAAGUUCUCUGAGAUCAGCGAUGAUGAGUUGAAGAACUACGGGGGUGUCUUCAUUCCUGGUGGACAUGCUCCCUUAUCCGACCUGGGUGACAACGCCGACCUAGGCCGUAUACUCACACACUUCCACACUUCAUCAAAACCGACGGCAGCAAUCUGCCACGGACCUUGGGCUUUCCUGAGUACCAAGUAUGGACCUAGCAAGAAGUUCGAGUACUCGGGCUACAAAAUGACAAGCUGGUCAGAUGCUGAGGAGAAGUUGAUGGAGACGAUUUUCAGGGGUGAGAUUGACAAGGUGGAGGGCACGCUCAGGCAGGAAGGCGCAGACAUGCAAGAGGGUGUUGCCAAGUCCAUGGGAAAUAUUACCGUGGACAGGGAGCUUGUCACUGGUGACAACCCGAUGGCGGCGAACGCGCUUGGAGACAAGUUUUUGGAGAUGAUGGCGGCCAAAUAGUCGACGGGUGGUGGAUUGUGAGAGAUAAUGGGACAUUAUGUAAUACUAUAUGAGCUACGAAUGUAUAAUGGAAGAGUCGGAGCACCUUGUCGCGCUGUUGGAUGUGAGUGCUUCGCGGGCUUAUCGGAAGUAAGCGAAGGCUGCCCGCCCCCCGGCCCACGUGCCGAGCAAGCAUAUCCACUUUCGCGUCAAGCUUCACAAGUGAUAACGGCGUAUCUCGCAGCACCGAGGCAAAGGCGAAGGCUGCUAAGUAGUCCGAUAGCAGAUAGUAGGACUGUGACUAGGGCAUGCGACCCCGCACCCAAACGAU